AUGACUGCAACAAAUGAGAAUGACCGCGCUUUUCAAGCAAUAAACAAUUUGGAACAUUACCUUAUUGAAGUCAGGAGCACGAUCGUCGAUUUCAUCGCGACGUUGGAGAUGCAGGAUCGAGUGCCAUACCCCGAACUUCUCGAUCAGUUCGCUUCUUUGGCCUGUUCGUUCACUACAAUCCAAAACGCGAUGAAGAAGGGAGCGCUGCCAUCAGCGCCGGAGGAUGGGGGAUUGCUUCUCAAGAACAAUGUGCUCGUCCCGACCAUGGUUUCUAUGGAGGAGGAUGCGAAUCUAGAGGUAACAUUUUUACGAAUAAGUAUUUUUAUUCCGUUUAGACAAUCACAGAAGGCCGGAUAAGGGCGUGGAGUCACGAGGUUGUCCCGGAUUACUUGAGGACCAAGCUUUGUCCUGCAGCUGAAGAAGAGGAAGCCAGACUGGAAAAUGAACGACAACAGAAAGCACCGGAUACGAUUGUCAAGCAGGUAAGUUCUUUGGUCUGCUAUUUGAUUGAUUUUUAGAUCCACGCCAUGAACAAGCACAUUGAUUCCAUCGUCAGUUUGAAGGGCGAUGUUGCGCAUAAGGAGGAAGGAAGAAAGGCGGUCGCCUUCAAUCCCAACGACACCAAAAGACUUGUUCGCGGUAUUAUGAGAGGCGAGGGGCUAAGGCCGAAGACUUCGAUGCAUCCGGGACAAAUUCCUGUGAUGAAGAAAUAA